AUGAUUGGACACUGCAUUGGACGAGAUGUCAUUGAAUCAUUGGACUUUUUGAUCCAGUGGGCCAUGAAAGUGUCUGGGAAGAUAAACACACAUAAGCUCAUCGACAUCAUUGACUUGAAUGAUUGCAACACACCAUCAACACUCGCUCACAUCAUGGACAAAGGAUACCUCAGCAACAAUAAUGGUGAUGAUGACAAACCAUACAUUCUGUCAGAGUUGGUCAAUCGUGCUUGUAGAAGUGGCCGCAUUGACUUGAUGCAAGUUGUCCAUCAGCGAUGUACCACUCCCUCUCAGUUCCAAAGGCAUCUUCCAACAGUGGACAGCAUGAUUGCGGCCUCCAAAAGGAACAAUCAUCAGAUGCUCAGCUAUCUGUUUGAAGGUGACGAUGCACCAAUCAAUCGGGCAAACCUCCAACUCAACAUGGCCACAUUGAUUAACACAAUCCGCCAUCACUCAAUUGACAAUGGACAUCUCAACAUCAUCAAUAUGUGUGAUUGUCUUUGA